AUGGGAAUUGACUCGCCGCAACUCAAGAAACGCAGGAUGUCUGUGUCCGACAGCGCUGACAAUGACGCGUCUGCCCCCACGCUGCAGUUGCUAGUUAAGAGACUCUCUGACAAGGCCAAGAUUCCUACUAGAGGAUCGAAUUUGGCUGCGGGGUAUGAUUUAUACAGCGCAGAGAAAAAAGUGAUUCCAGCGCACGGCAAGGCGCUGGUUGACACCCAGCUUUCCAUUGCUGUUCCUGCGGGCACUUAUGGGCGAGUUGCACCUCGCAGCGGUCUUGCAUCGAAAUUCAUGAUUGACACGGGUGCUGGUGUCAUCGACGCGGACUACAGAGGUGUCGUCUUUGUUCUGCUUUUCAACCUCUCAGACAAAGACUUCCAAGUCGAAGAAGGCGACCGGAUAGCUCAAUUAAUCAUCGAGCGCAUUUAUACGCCUGAUGUUAUGGAAGUGGAAAACCUCGAUGAAACACCACGUGGAGCAGGGGGGUUCGGCUCUACGGGUGGGCACGGCUCGCUGUAA